AUGAAGCAUCCUUCGGACCCCUCGACAGUCCCUUCUCCCCCCGGCCAGCCAGACCAACGAGUAACUGGCUCGACUUGGAAGGUUCACCCAAUGAGCCAUCCCGUUGCCGCCCCUUGGAAGCUCGGCGUUUCCAGCACAGACGCCGCCAAGCUCCUCGGCGGCUACCAGCCCGCGACAAUGGAAGAUCGCUGGAUGUGUCGUUCGGAUGGGCCGGACCCACCCGAUCACGAGCGACUAAGAGAUUGA